AUGGCUUGUUUCAUCACUCGAAAGCCUAUCGCGACAACGGCUCUGUCGCAAGUUGGGCAUCCGGUUGUGACGGUCAUCGUAUCGGAAGACUCUAUAGUCAUUCGACAAGAUCGCUUUCUCCGAACCAGAGAUCCUUUGCCCGAGGAAGCUGCGAUGUUAUAUCCGGUACCGUUUAACAUUCUCUCUAUUAAUGGCCCAAACGGUGUGUUGCAUGAUACGUCGUUCGCAGAGCGAGAAGUCACAAUCAAAGUAGAAGGAUUUGUCAAGCUGAAUGCCGGUCACACUGGGUUAUAUCGGACAUGUUAUAGUGCUGAGUAUCUUCAAAAGCUGGCUGAAGAGGCCGGCAAGGGCGGCAUCCUGGGUGUUGAAGACCGAGCAGGGCUAAUUGCGGAUGCUGCAGUCUUGGCAUCGACAGGUUACCAAAAGACAUCAGACUUUCUCCAAUUACUUACAAACUUCAGCCACGAAUCCCAGUAUGUCGUGUGGUAUAUUAUCAUUAUACAUCUUGGUGCGAUUCUGAGAGCAUGGACAUUUGAAAAUCAACGCUUCUGA